AUGAGAUGAAGUGUACCCAGCAAGAAAUUCCGUGCCAGAUUCUCUUCCUUGCAUCUUCGCGCCGCCGGUUCAACGCAAUUGACAUCGUGAAUGAAAGACUGUGCCGGAUAAGGUCAUCGAACCAUUGACACAGACUUUGUAGUAUUAAACAAGUUUAGCCUUCUAGAUGAGGUGUUGAACACUCAUCAAGCCACGACACCACGGAAAAUGUCAGCCGGGCAAGACAAUGAUGGAACUAAUUUUGGGAAAGGUGCAAAUAAUGGAAAAGAUGCAGAGCCUGCUACCACGAGGUCCUCCAAACAGAAUGAAAUCCUGUGGAAGACGUAUAAACGCCCUUAUCGUCACUUAGACGACCUUCUAGCUGCCAAACCUGAUGUUCCCUCGGGUGCUUCCAUACUCGGGUUGCUUCAUCUGGCGGAAUUCUCAAUCAAGCAAGCGGACACGUUUCUCGACAAUCUCGAGCGCCCAGAUUUAGCUCUAGAGAAAUGGGUCACAGUGAACAUUAUCAUGGAGGGUAUCAUACCCUAUCAUGAUGGAUACAGCUCACUCAUGGGCGAUCUUGGGCUUUUAACCAGGUUUAACACGAUUAAAAAGUGGCUCAUGGAAAAACAGACACAAUUUGACGAAGCAAAGGAAUUCAUCAGAAACGACAAUUACAGGAAUGGUGUUAAAUCUUUUUUAACACCAGUAAUGAAUUGGCCAGACGAAGACAGUAGAGCUAUCUCAGGCGACCACGAAGGAAUGCAACGGCGGAAUAUUGAUAGCAAUGACUCCGUCAUGAUUGGCACAGCUUCAGAACUCGCCUCAAAAGGAUUUAUUAGCCCAAAGAACUUGACUGAAGAUUCCGUUGAUACAGUGGAUAGCCAAUCGGCUUUGAAGAGAUUUUUGGAUGAUUUCACAGUCUCUUACCCAUGUCACAUGAGGACGUGUCCUGAUCACCAAAGUGGAUUUUCGUCCCAAGAACUUUUGGUUCACCAUUAUGAGCUAGUUCAUGGCGAAUCAUACUAUUUGUGUGACUAUCCUUCAUGUCAAUCACAGACCGGGUCUGCUAUAAUGUCUGGCUCUAAGAUAAGAUUCCUCCGCUGCGAUUUUAGAGGCUCAGAACAAGAUUACAGGCAACAUCUCCGAGACUUUCACAAAGAGGACAUAAACAUGCUAGAGUCGAAGCUCUCAAACAUUGAGCCGUCAGAAUUGAAUGGUUCUAGGCUUCAGGCAGACUGGUGGAGAUGUCACAAGUGCCUGAGAAGAGUCAUUAUACAAAAUGAAGGUUACACUUGCAAAGAUUGUAAGGCGAUAUGUGAACCCAUCCGUAUCACAGCCCGACAAAUCAGAUUUGGUUAUCGUAGCUCGAUUCGCAGCGAGGACAUAAUCUAUAGUAACGGUGUGACUGUACUUCCAGAAACACCUAUGCACAAUCGGCAUCCAGACUCCUCAAAUGUAUAUCACCUGCCUCCAAUAUCUGCAUUAUCGCCCGAAGACUCAAUACUAGAACCUUACAUUAUUGACACGCCGUCCGGUAAUUGCAAUAUCCGACAGGAGACGCUUUUGGGAUCCAUGAAAUCUGAGUCAUCCGAGCAUAUCACUAUAGAAUAUACCCACACAGAAUAUACCAGCCACAAACACGUACCAUUGAAGACCAUCAGACAACUAGGGUAUGGCUCCCUUGGAAUUGUUGAUGCGGUUCGCCUUGAUGAUAGUGAAGAUGGAGCUUUAGUCGCUCGGAAGAUCAUUCGCCUCCCUAAUCUUUCAAGGAAAAAAUUGUUGCCUCUUAUCCAUCAAGAAGUUGCUGUUCUUCGAGGUCUCAGUCAUCAGCACAUUGUGCAAGUCAUCAGCACUUAUGAAACAACCAAAGCUCCUCGACAAUUCGGAAUUCUCAUAUCUCCAGCUGGUGAUGAAGAUCUAAGCCAUUUUCUUGAACGCGUUAGCGAAAGUGAUUUCCCGGAGGAAGAUAUAAAAUUGCUUAAUGGCUGGCAAUGUUGUCUUGCUUCUGCGCUAGCAUACGUCCACUCGCAGAAUAUAAGGCACAAGGAUAUCAAGCCAAACAACAUAAUUUGCAAGGGGGAUCAAAUUUACUUGACCGAUUUUGGAUCCGCGCACCAGUUCAGUGCCGGUGUUACAAGUUCAACAGAUGGUCCUCUGGUAGGUAUCACGAAAAUGUACAGUGCUCCUGAGGUUAUCGCCGAUGAUCGAAGAGGUCGACCUGCGGAUAUCUACUCCCUGGGUUGCGUUUUUGCCGAGAUGGCCACUGUAGCUAACGGUGAACGAAUCGAUGACUUCCAUGAGUACAGGAGCCAGCCGAUACCAGACGAGCCCGAUAGAAUGGCCUAUAUUUAUCAUGCUACGGCACAUCUGAUAGAGCCAUGGUUCACCGAGUUGGGAGAUUCUUGGACAGCAUCUCUUCUUCAUGAUAUGCUGGCUGUGGAUCAAAAGUGUCGUCCGACAGCUACCGCUCUACAUAAAACUCUAUUGACGCAAUAUGGCCCGUCUAAUUGUCCUUGCCAUCUACAGCCUUUUUCAGGAACUUUGCCACAGUUAGAUGAUACUGCACCUAUGGAGCAUGCAAUCAAUUCAGGAAUCACUUCGAAUUCCCGGAUUAUUCCAAAAUUUACUAACAAAACAUAUGCCUUUGUGGACCCAAAGUAGGAGGACUCUUAAGACAGUGGAACUUUUAGUGUCCGAUUGAGCAAAUCCCAAACUUGCAGGAUGGUCGGCUGUACGCAAAAUGUCCCAGUGCUUGGCUCAUCUCAAGAAUCACAUUUAAAUCUCCGACACCAUGACAAGCUUUCGAGGUAGUGGGUUACUGAGCUUCCGGGAGAUUUGGCUUAGACUGUAGCAAAUUAAUUACUUGAGGAUCAUUCCACUACGAGCUCUACAUGCAACGUUGGUGCUGAGAGUCAAAUAGAUUGUGGGGAACCUGCUCCACCACGUCCAACCUUCAAAUGCUCCCCGUACUGAAGGUCGGAUAUAUGAUUCUCGUGGACUUGUGGUUCUGCACCUUUGCCAAAUACACUUUUUGGGGGAAUACCGUUCCCAGUCAGAAGUUUGGGCUGAAGUAGUGAGAGAGACAGAGUAUGCAGAGGAUGUCGGAAGAUUCGUCUCUGGUGUCAGCUGUCAAAAAGGAGUCAAUUGAAGGGUUCUUUGACAGUUUUACUUGUCUUAGUCCGGGCCCAAGAACAUGGAAUGGGCCGAAUCCAGAAUUGUCCCUCUUUAGUUGUUGAGUUUGUAUUGCACCACGGCGGUGGGGAUCCUUAGAUACUGCACUUCAACGCCCGGGCUUGGUUCGUUGUGCCUCAAAUCUGUCACGUGAAUCGUGACUGCGGAUUUGAUACACCAUCAAAAAGUACCCCUUCUAACCGGGAAAUCGAGUGAAUUUGAUUGGGGUUGUGGGCCAAGGAUGCAGGCAAGAGACUCCUCCCAAAAAUGUAUUUGGCGAAGGUGAAAAGCACUAGUUCACAAGGAUCAAAUAUCAGUGAACAAUUAACAAUCUCGAUUGUGGGCCGGAAACCUGAGAUGAACUACCUAAGUGUCUGUUUGU